AUGGGAGGCAGGAACGGCAGGUGGUCCUGUGAGAUCUCUCCAACGAGGCGAGCCCCGGUGCGACUGUCGUUCGGCUUCCUCAGCUUGUCGCUUCUGGCCUGGUGCAGCUGCGCGACCUCCUGGAGCCUCGUCUCGAGAAGCUCCUGGAGGCCUCGCCUUGAAGGUGCUCGAAUUCGUGCCGCUGCGCUGCCAGAGCACAAGGUACGCCUUCUGAAGCCGGGCAAGGACACUGAAGACAUGGGGGCCGUCUAUCGACUUCAGCGAGAAGUUGGAGGCGUCCCUGAGCUGAUGGUGGCCCUGCAACCCCUGAUUGGGCAAGGCUAUGCAUCCUACGUCAUCGCAGAAGCUGGGAAGGAGAUCAUUGGCUGUGCACAGCUGGGCCGUCUGGCCGUGGGCGGCUUCUUCGUACUGAGAUGCGACUUUGUGGUCAACACCGUCCUGGUCAACGCGGGGGAGCGCCGCAAAGGUGUGGGAACAGCUCUGGUGGAGGAAUUGCAGCACAGGUUGCCGCAAGAUGCGCCUGGUCCGGGCCAAUUCGCUGCAUGGGCCAUGGUUGAUGCCUCCGAUGCAGCAGCUGACUCCUUCUUCACCUCUCUCGGUGCAGAACGAAUCGGUAGCCUCGGAGAGCUUCUUCGGAUCUCGCCGAUUGCAGCGCUUGGCCUCGUGAUCACCGCCGGCGCACUUUUCCGUGGCGACCUCUGCAUAUUCCGCCUGUCCGGCAAGAGUGACGCGGCAGAGUAUUCUUCGCUCGGAAGACUCGAGCCAUGGAGUGCACAGACCUCUGGAAGGGACGUAGGCGGCGCAGCUGAGACUGCAGCAGGAAAAAAACGUGUUCGCGCACCUGCCAAAGCCAGUCUUGGAUGUGUGAAAAAAUUGCUGCACAUCUUUUGUCUGUCGAUUCUUUGCAGCGGAGGGUGGACCCGAAACCACAGCUGCAAAGUGGCGGCAUAA